AAGGUCAGAAUUUGUUCGCUUAACUUUCGGUAAUUGAGACGCUCCGUCUUACUUUUGAAGCUGAACUGGAGAGGAAGCAAUUGUGAUUGGACGCCAUUCACUUCACCCCUUGCAGCAACCCCGCGUCGCACCUGACCCCGCCCUGCUAUCGCGUCCACCACCAAACUCUACUUUCUUCAUACCUACAUCCUCACUUGCUUCAAGCCAUCCAACUUAGGUCCUCCCCCCCUCCCAUAACCACUUGAAGAACCUCACAGCCACCCACAAUGGCGACAACGAAAGGAACCUUCACCCACUACAGCGGCCCGCUCUCCGGCCUCCCCUCCACCAACUCGCCAGGCUUCAUCUUCCUCUCCACCUACAUCGCCGGCAUCGACGCCCUUGACCGCUCCUCUCCAGCGGCCAAACAACUGCUCGAGAUCCUCUCCCCAACCGCAACGUUCACCAACAAUGGCGGCGAAUCCUUACCGCUAAGCAAAGUGGAGGCCAUGUUUGCACAACGACAGGGCAUGCUGCAGUUGUUUGAGCAUGGAAAUCCGGUUGUGACAUGGGAUUUGGAGACAGAAGGGGGUGGGAGGACGGUGGUGCUUGAGUGUGCUAGCAAAACUGUCUUCAAAGCCGACCCGAAAAAAGAAGAAGUCAAGGUCGCUGAAUGCCUAUUCGCCAAACUCGAGUCUGCGCCUGAGGGCAAGGGGGUCGCGGGCUUGUGGGCGACAGAGUUGAGGGUGUACAUGGAUUUUGGCACGAUACAUGCAAAAGGAAAGGAGCUGAUGGAUUUGGUCAAGAAGUAAUAUGGCGCGAGGGCGAGCAUAUGCGGAAGUGUGGAUGAGUCGGAACGGCGAGGUGAUAAGGGUGAAUUUCCAAUCUUGGUUCACUGGUGGAAGACAAUGGGAUCGGGUGUCAGCGGAGUUUUUACUUUGAGAAAGACGUUAUGACCACUGACCAGUGCAUGCGAAUUGGAAUCGGUGCAGCAAGAGGAAUUGAAAAUAGAAGCUUUCUUCUCGAUCCUGUGA